AUGGCACCUAUCGGUAAAAUCUACUGUUAUCCUAAUAAUCCUCGUGUCUUCAAGAUUCUUAUUGCCGCACAAUACAAUGAACUUGAAGUAGAGGUUGCCGAAUUUGAACUUGGUACAGAUAACAAGAAACCUGAAUAUUUGGCAAAAUUCCAUAAUGAGAAGGUUCCCGCUUUUGAAAGUACCGAAGGUAACAUCUAUCUUAAUGAAUCCGGAGCUAUUGCGUAUUAUGUUGCUAGUCAAAAAGAAGGUACCCAGCUGUUAGGAAAGGACAAAACAGAAACUUCACAAGUUUUACAAUACAUCCUCUUUGCCGAAAAUGAAAUUACUCCUCACGCUAAUACUUGGGUUAACCCAAUUUUAGGCAUAACUUCAUAUAAUAAAGCUGCCCAUAGCCAAGCAGUAGAUGGCUUGAAAAAAUCCCUGGGUGUUUUGGAAAAAGUCUUGUUAAAUAAGACCUAUUUGAUCGGCGAAAGAAUUACAUUGGCAGAUAUUGCUGUUUCAACGUCCCUUUAUUUGCCUUUCAAGUUGGUAUUGGAUGCAGAAUUCCGCAAGAACCACCAAAACCUUAGUCGAUGGUAUAUUACACUUAUCAACCAACCUGCUUUCAAGAAGGUAUUGGGUGAAAUUACCCUUGCUGAAGUUGCUGUUGCUUACACUCAUUCAUUGCCUCCUAGUCCAUUGAAUUUGGAAGAGUGGAAACGGGUUUAUUCUAACAAUGACACUCGUCCAACAGCCAUUACUUGGUUCUGGGAACAUUUUGAUCCGGCAGGUUAUUCUAUUUGGCGUGUGGAUUAUAAGUAUAACGAAGAAUUAACCAAGGUAUUCAUGAGUUCUAACCUUAUCGGUGGUUUCUUCAAUCGAUUGGAAAGAGCUCGUAAAUACGCAUUCGGAAGUUUAGUCGUAUUGGGCGAAGACAAUGCAAAUUCAAUUUCUGGCUACUUUGUAAUCCGUGGGCAAGAAAUACCAGAAGAAGUGAGUGAUGCUGCGGAUUUCGAAAGUUAUAACUUCCAAAAGGUAGAUCAUACAGAUGCUACAGUCAAAUCAAGUUUCGAAGAUUUUAUUGCUUGGGAUGGGCAUCUUGAUGGCAAAAAAUUCGCGGAUGCAUUUGAAGAAACAAUCAUGUCUGCUUCAAAUUCAUUACAAAAAGAUGUAUCUAUCGCUUAUUUUGGACCGGAAGGAUCAUAUACGCAUCAGGUUGCAAUUGAAAAAUUUGGCGAUAGCGUGAGCUACUCCCCCCAGUCCACCAUUAAUGAUGUAUUUGAUUCUGUUGAAAAGGGACUUGUUACUUAUGGAAUUGUGCCUUUUGAAAAUUCAACAUUUGGGUCAGUCAUAGCAACUUUAGAUAGGUUCAUUACCUGUAAAACGCAGAUAUUUGCCGAGACGUAUUUUCAGGUGUAUAGUCACCCACAGGGAUUUGGACAAUGUCAAAAGUACCUUGAUACACAUCUUAAAGGCGUUCAACGCGUGGAUGCAAUGUCCACAAGCAAGGCCGCAGAAAUAGCGGCUUCGGAACCUUACUCGGCGGCAAUUGCAAGUAUCGUUUGUGCCGAAUUAUAUGGAUUGAACAUAUUAGAGAAGGAUAUACAAGAUGCAAAAAUCAAUAUCACGCGAUUUUUCAUCCUUGGUUCUUCAUCUGAUAUACCAUCCGAUGAUGAUAAGACUUUCAUACUUUUUACAGUGGAUCACCGAAAACCUGAGGCGUUAUGUGACGCAUUAAAUAGUUUUAAAAGUCAACAUGUUAAUCUGAUAAAGAUUGACUCACGUCCUUCUUUACAGCGACUUUGGCAUUAUGUAUUUUUUAUUGAAUUACAAGGACAUAAAGAAGAUGAAGAAGUUCGGAACGCAUUAAGUAAAUUAAAAGAAUGUUGCUUAGACAUUAAAAUAUUAGGAAGUUAUCCUAGCCAAAGACCAGAGAUUACCGAUAUUAUCCGUCAUUUAGUCCAGAACAAGAAUUACAUCAUAUACGGCAGUUGGUUAUGUCGACGAGGAGAACUCGAACGGUGCGACGAGUGGCAAAGUCAGAAACCACUUAAAAAGUAUUUAACGGAAACUCCAAAAAUAAACGAUUUUAAAAAGCAGAAUUGCGAGAAAUGCCGUAAUAACCUGAUCUCGAGUUUUCGUCUGUAUAAACAGCAAUCAAAAAAAUUGGAUGUAAUACCCAAUGACAAAAAACCCAACAUCGAGAUUUUUGUAAACCUAACAUGGAACAAUCACUAUAGAGUAUUCGGCGAUUGGAAAUGUCAGAAUUGCAGCAAUAGGUGGAGAAGCGCUCAUACCUACAUAUCACUUCAAAAGUUUAUAGAGAAAACCCCAGGAAAGCGUUUAAGUCAAGAUCAUUUUUACAUGCAACAAUGCAGGAGAUGUUUUAAUACUAGCCUCAUCCUUAAUUACAAUCCUAUAGUACCUAAUUUAGGGAUUUAUGAUAACGAUAAACCUCAUAUAAUUGGGUUAUGUGCAAAGUGUAUGAGUGGCAAGUAUUGUGUAGAUGCUUAUAGAGACUAG